UACGGAGCCCAAGAUUCAGAUUUAAGUGAUAAAUUAUUAUUCCCAUCUUUUUUUCGAACUGUACCUAAUGAGCACACUCAGCAUGAUGCCUUUAUACAACUCCUCAAUUACUUUGGCUGGAAGUGGGUUGGUAUUAUUUCAUCUGAUGAAGAUAGCCACAUGAAAACCAGUGGGGAGCUAAGAAAUGAGAUCAUUAAAAGUGGCAUUUGCAUUGCUUACUAUAAAAUUCUUAAAAAUAAUCAAUAUGUUAGCUAUAAAAAAGCGUAUGACAUGAUAAACAAGUCAUCUGCAAAUGUUGUCAUUAUUAUCAGCAGUUCCUACAAUUUUUUUAACCUGAUGUAUAUGAUAGAGAGGUUUACAUCCACAGGAAAAGUAUGGAUUACACCAACAACAGUUUCAGUCACCACAGAAAAUAUGUUUAGCAGCUACUUAAAAACAUUUAAUGGAUCCCUGCUGUUUUCUAUACAUAGAGGAGACAUCCCUGGCUUUAAAGAUUUUCUUUACACGGUAAAUCCAUUAACUCUUCCAGAUGACAUCUUCACGGCUACACUGUGGAAAUCUGUAUUUGGUUGUCUACCUGCAAAUUAUACCAACCGGGAUGGAUAUCAGAAUUGUACUGGAAAGGAAACUUUCAAAAUAUUUGAUGACUCUUUUGACGUUAAUACAUUCAGACUCACAUUUGCAGUUUACAGAGCCGUCUAUGCAAUGGCUUAUGCAUUGCAUGAUAUGUUCUCCACCAUGGGAAAAAAACAAUUGACUAAGUCUACAUCAGAUUUACUGCAGAAUUUUCAAGCAUCUUUGCUCAAACAUUAUGUGAAGAAUGUGAAAUUCAAAACAUCGGAGGAAUAUUUUUACUUUGAGAAUGGAGAACCCUUUGGACAAUAUGACAUUGUGAAUUGGGUUAUUUCUCCAAACAAAACAAUUAUAAAAAACAAUGUUGGCAACUUUACAUUUUCUUCAACACUUGGACAACAAUUAACUAUCAAUGAAAGGAUUAUACAGUGGAAUCACAAAUUUAAAGAGGGUUGGCGCCGGCUUUCUCCCGGAUCCCUGGUGCCGGCGUCGUCUCGGUCGGCUGCAUCUUCGCUCCCCAAAUCCACGUGGGGAGCUGGGGAAGAUGGCGACGGAGCGGCAUCGGGUGCCAGAAGAGGGGCGGCGCUUCUUCAUGCCGCUCCAGCACCUCCUCCUUCUGCUGUCUGUGUGCAGGAGAGAGUGGGAGCGUCCCAAGUGCUGUGCUCCUUGCCCUAUUUGGUGCCUGAACCUGAACCUGUGCCUGAACCAGUGCCUGAACCGGUAUCGUUACCCAUACCCGUGCCUGCACCUGCAUUGCUACUGCACCUGUACCUGCGCCUAUACCUGUGCCUGAACCUGUGCCUGAACCGGUAUCGUUACCCAUACCUGUGCCUGCACCUGCAUUGCUACUGCACCUGUACCUGCGCCUAUACCUGUGCCUGA